AUGAGAGCCUGCAAUGGCUGUCGCAAGCGCAAGAUCAAGUGCGACUCGGCUACCACCAACAUCUGGCCCUGCUCGGCCUGCACCAGACUCAAGCUCGUCUGCAUCCCACCCUCCAUCGACCAGGACAGCGAGCCGGCCGCCCACGAGCAGAUCCUCGACUUCUCCCAGCCCGCUCCUCCGGCAGGUUCAGGUGCUCUUCCGCCGCCGCCGCCGCCGCCUGCUGCUCCCGCGGCCUCGUCUUCGCAGAUACACACCACCUCGCAGCCGUCCUUCCAUGCGCGGGAGUAUUACCCGGCCGAGCCAGCACGACGGACCGGAGACCUGCGCGGCUACGAGAGUGAUUCCCAGCUGUAUCAGGCCCAGCAGCACCAGCACCAGCAGCCUCAUCAGUAUCUUACUUCGCCUACGGAUGACGGGCGGUUCUACCACCAUUCGCCCGUAGACGCAUCCCACGGACAGCUACAGCAAGCCUUUCACUACCCCCAACAUCCGCAGGCACCACCACCACCACCACCGGCUCCUACUCAGAUACAUAGAAACCCGCCACCACCGUUCCCGGUAUCAACGCCUCAGCCUAUUAUCCAGGUUUCUGAGCCGCCUCCACAAACCCCAACAAACUCGGGCGACCUUACAACGGCUUUCAACGAGCUCAAGAUUGACGAAACUGGCAUUGAGUCAAAGGACCAUAUAAAACCACAGACUGCUCUGGCCGAGUGCGAACAGUCUCUGCCACCGCUGUACAAUGGCGCGAAUUCGUCCCUGCAGUUUCCGGCGGAGCUCAUGCCCUCCGACACUGAGGCGCUCGAGUACUUCAGAGUCUACUUUGAUGAUCUACAUCCUUACCUCCCUGUAAUCCCUAGGAACUACUUCUACGAGCAAUGGCGGCGGGAGAAGUGGGAUAUCUCCCCUCUCCUGCUCAGUGCACUUUUCGCCUGUUCUGCUAGGGCUCUCAACGAUACCGCAAAGGCUACCAAGUGGCUUGCCCUUGCUAACAGUACGUACUGUCUCUUCUCUUUUUGCUUUCUUUCUUUCCUUUUUUUUUUCUUUUUAUACUUCCCUCGCAUUUACCUUGUGCGUGUUACUUUUGCUAACCGGGUGAUAGAAUUCGAACCGGAAUUCAUGGAAGCGCCCCGGCUCACCACCGUACAGGCUCUGCUGCUUAUCAUGAAGGCCCGAGAAGCCAUGCCACGCCCAGGCUACUACUACCGCUCAUGGCAGACGAUCAAGACGAUCAUUUCAAUGGCCAAGGAUCUCGAACUGCACCAGCAUUACCAAUACCACGCAGAGGGCAAGCUGUGUGGCUAUGACACUGUGGAGUGUCUCAUUCGCACCCGCGUCUGGCAGACCAUUCUCGUCGUCGAGAUAAUGGUCGGGGGGCCCCAAGGACGCUCGGAGUUUGGCGUGGAGACUGACACAGUAGAGAUCCGUCCGUCCUGGGAUAUCCCCAACCUCGAUGCAUACGAAGUCGAACGAUCAAGACAAUUCAGCUACUUCGUCCAUAAUGCUCUCAAUAUUCGCCGCAUAGUUGACGUCUUCCACAAGGUGAAAAAGACCAAGGACUGGGGCGCCAAUCCGCAGUUUGCCCGUAACAACCCUCUUUUCGAGGCUUGGUACAACAGCCUGCCACCAGAUCUCAUGGUCACCUACCCACCAGAUGGUUCGCCCCCAUGGAUUCCUUCGCAUUUUCUCGCAAACAUGCAUUCGCACUUCGAAUUGGCCAAGAUCAUGCUCCAUCGUCCCCAAUUUGUCGCCGCCAGCUCGUUUCCGGCCGGCGGAGAAUGGAGACACCACUUCUCGAUAUGCUACAGCUCGGCUAAGGCGAUCUGUCGGCUGCAGGAAGCCCUACUCUCCUCGUUUGGCGUAUCAGGUUUCCUGUGCAUGCAACGAGGCAUCAACUUCUCCAUCUACUGCAUUCUAACCAGUGUUAUGCUGCAUCUUGUAGCCAUCACUUCGCCAGAUCCGGAAUUCAACAAAGAUUCCAGGUCUUAUUUCACUCGGCACAUGAGAGUUCUGGAAUCAUGCAGCUCUUCCUGGCCCAUGACGGAGUUGCAGUCACAGCUUGCUGCCCUACGUCUUGCUUUCUCCGCAGACAUCAACAAGCCGUUCGAGCUGAAGCCAACUUUCCCCUAUGGAAGCCCUGUCGGGCCCCCAUCUCAUUCUCUGCCCGUCAGUGAUGCAAUGUACCAUUCGUCGCCAUCAUACAGUGAAGCCCAAGAACCUGCUCAGGGCACAGGAAAUCUCCCCUUCUCCGACUCAUACCCUAUCAGUCCGCCUGUUUCUACGCAGACGAGCGUGAAGCCCGAGUCUCCUGCAACGGGCACAUAUGGCCUGCUGCAGCCCUACGACACUACUCGCGCUCCACCGCCAAUCACAUCCAUGCCGCUUGUCGAUGAGAACAGCUGGAAUCCCUCGAGAAUCAUAACACAAUGGGACCUCGCCUUUUCAGGGAACAUAAACUCUAACUCACCUCCCUCCGCAACAUCAUCAACCAACAGCACAGUUGUUCCUGACCCCCAUUCUCUCUACCCAUCUUCCUCUACCAUGGCAAGUGCCAAUGGCAGCCCAGGCUCCGGCGCAGCCCAGUACUCGGAUUACUCCCAGCCCCUCAUGCCACUGGUCGAUCCUAACCAGCCUACGCAGGUCUCCAUGCCUGCACAGCAGUACAACAUGCUGCCCGUGGUCAUGGGGGCCAGGGACUGGCAACGUAGUGUGGCCAGCGUCAUUGAUCCCGAGGGCGCGAAGAGAAGAUGGGACGAUGUCGACAGCUACGGUGACGAACAGGCUAAACGGAGAAGAUGA